GCUUUGACCUCGAAUUUGUGAGAAGCAUCACGUCAGUUGCCUAAAAGUAGACUAAACUUGAAAAAGAGUAUCUGUUGCACAUUCAAUUGAACACAUUUAAACACGCAUGGUUAUGGAUAAAUCAAUGUCAAGCUUUUACGUUUAUAACUUGCUUGUUUCGAAUCAAAUGUGGCGCCACCUGUUGGAAUGGUCACAGUUUAAAAUAGUUCCGCUAGUUAAGUGUUGCUAGGAUACAUUAUAACAAAUGUGACCCUCGUAUUUGUCCAGUGCCUAGUCUCCUACUGUAGUAAGAAAUAUAAACUUUAUAUCGACCAUCCUCGUAAAUACCAGAGCCUUGCAACUUUCAUCGUUAUGCAGUAGUUGUACAUACAUGACUAAAACCGAAAUAUUGUGCUCAAAUGGCAACAGCCUCGGCAGUGCAAUAUGGUCGACGACGGGGAUCCAGUAAAAAAAUGGUGGAAGGCAGUGAAACAUUGAAACCUCUAGAUCUCCGUGAGGUCACUGUCUUGCCCAAAGCUGAAUGGCUUCGAAUUCAAGGUAGUCUAAACCGGGUGAACACACAGAAUGAAAGCCUCAAGGAAGCAUCCAGGCAAAGGGAGGACAUGCACUUGCGUUCCAAGGAGGUGGUGAAAUUCUGGUCCAACACGAUUGCUGGGCAAAGACAAAAGAAACUAGAGGCAAAGAAGAUUCGUGAUGAGAUUGAGGAAGAGGAGAAAAAAAAGGUUGAUAUCGAGGAGGCCAAAUAUCAGGAGGAAAAAAGGAAAGAGGCGAUUGUGAAGGCCAAAUCCCAGCAGUACUACCAAACGGAUCGAGUCAAAGGAUUUCAUAGUGCCCUCAUGCUGACAGAAGUCUUAAAGGAGAGAGAGGCUCAGAUUGAACUGAAGCAAAGAAAGCUGGAGGCUUCCAAAGACGUGGACAGGGAAGCCGUUGUUAUAACCAAACAUAAAGACAAGGAAGCCUCAAAACAAGAAAUGGAGAAAGCCGUUCGGAGGAAGCUUGAAAGCCAGGCUAUAGCAGAAGCCCUGAAACAGCAGGCAAAGGAGCAUGACAUGGCCAGAGAGAGAGAGAGGCUGGAGGAGCAGAGGGAGGCAGAGGAGAUUCAGCGUCUGAAGACCCUCUUUCUGUGGGACGAAACCAUGAAGAAACAAAAGAACCUGGAGGAGAAGAAACGCAUCAUGAGAGAUCACAUGGAUCACUUGUCAAACAGAGAUAUCAUCAGAGCGAUAGAGGCCCAACAGCAGGAGAUGGAGGACAAGCGAAGGAAGAUGUUUUCUGCUGCUAAAGAGAAAAUGAUGAAGCUGAGAAAAGAGAAGGAGGCUGAGAUGUUACGAGAGGUCCAGAUCCACAAGGACAGGAUCACGGAGGACCUCGCCGCGCAGUACAAGGAGCAGGAAGCUAAUGAGGAAGAGAUCAUAGCUAAGACUGUGGCUGAGCAGGAGGGCAAACUGGAGACGCAGCAGAAGGAGAAGGCCGAGAAGAAGGCCCUUGUACUCGACUCGAUCGCCUCACACAGAGAAGCCAUGAGAAAGGACCAGGAGUUGAGGGCAAGAGAAUGCCACCAGGAGGAUCUCGACAUGCUGUAUGCCAAGAGAGAAGCGGAUAGGAUAUUCCUUGAAAAACAGCAUCUAAAAGCUCAAAAGACCAAGGAGGACGGAAAGGUUUUGCAAAGCCACCACAUCCAUCAGAUGGCAGAGAAGCUUUCUAAAACACAACUCCUGAGAAAAGAGCUGGAGGACCUUGAGAACAUGAACGCCCGGCUGGUGGCUGAGGAGGAGAAGCAGUUCCAGCAGUAUGCCCAGCAGGUGAUGGAGGCUGCAGCGCAGGCUCGGAGGAACAUCCUCCCCCUCCGCAAGGCCGCCAGGCAGGGCCUGGGAGGGGGGCAGGGCCCCGUGGUCAGAGGAGUCAGACCAAGUUACCUGGUCCAAGAUGACUCCGGCGUCCAGAUGCCCACCUACGUCUCUGAAAGCACCAUAGACAUGAAGGAGCUGAACGAGACCACUGAUAUUCAGAAGUCCAAGAAGAGACUUGGAUUCACCUUUUAGAUGUCUUGUUACCAGAGCAGAAGGUUCCAUUGGACACAGUAGUCUUAGCUCUAAUAAACACAUGCUCAUUAAGCAUGUUUAUGCAAUCAUUUCUUUAUAGUAUAUGGAUUUUAUAUGAAUUUUAUUAUAAGUUGAAAGUAGUACUAGUAGUCAGUGUGAUUUUAUAAGGUGUAUUAAGGAAUAAAUAAAUAAAUCAUACACAUGUGAUCACUAUCACAUGUGUAUGCCACAAGUGUUCGCUUUUAGGCUUGGGAGAGAUAUAAAUCUGUUGAAAAUUAAAGGUUGCUAUGGAGUAAUUGCUGCUGUGCUCAUACAUGUUCAACACAAAAUAAAAAUAAGUUGACAGGAUGAAAACCAUUUGACUUUAUUCAAAAGACAUGUCAGAAGAUAUUUAAUUAUUUUUUAGUUCUAGAUAAAAGAAAAGUCAUGCCCGGGAUGUAAUAACAUGAUAAACAUUUUCAACCACGUAUUUUACAGUUCAAUUAAAGAAAAAAAAUGUAGAAUGGAUACGAUCAAUGUACAAAAAAGUAAGGAUUCACAUCAAUUUGGUUACAGAAAUCUUGUUCCA